AUGCCGUUGGCCUUCCUGGCCACCUGGGCACACUGCUGGUUCAUGGUGUUCCUGUCAUCCACUGCAACUGAGUACAGCUCUCUUACUAUUGAACUAAAUAAACCCAUAAAGAAGGACCUGGUCCUUGACCAAACCCAAGAAAAUCUGUACGUGAUGACCACAGACAAGGUGUAUCGGUUACCUGUGCAGGACUGCCACAAAUAUUCGGACUGUGAGAAGUGUGCCCAAGCGAGGGAUCCAUACUGCGGCUGGUGUGUGAGAGAGGGCAGGUGCACAAAGAAGGCAGACUGUGGAACAGCCGAUAAGGAGAAUCACUGGCUGUGGAGUCCAAGUGGCACAUGUGUGACUAUCAUUAGUGCAGACCCUCUAAAUAUGAGUCGCAGAGCCCCUGCUAAGGUGGAACUGACUGUAAGUCCAUUGCCCAUUUUGACUGCAAGUGACAAUGUUUGCUGUACAUUUGGGGGAACAACACGUUCUGCUCAGUUGAAAGAAGGGGUUAUUAUCUGUGAUCCACCUGAUAUAAUUCCUCCAACACCAAAACAUCAAGAUCAUGUUUCAGUUCCACUUCAGUUAACCUUUGAAGAGAACAAGAUAUUUUUUGCAUCACAUACUUACCCUUUUUAUGACUGUGAAGAAGCAAUGAAUCUUUUUGAAAAUCAGCCAUGCUAUUCCUGUGCAAGCAAUAGAUGGAAUUGCCAAUGGGACUGGAAGAGACAUAUCUGUGAAGAGUCCUCUUCAAUACAGGAUGUGAUUAAACAAAAUAUGGAAGAAGAAUGCCCACAGUUUCUAAACCCUGACCCUCCAAUAAUACCUAUGGAGUACCAAACAACUGUGUAUUUUGAGGGAAAGCAUCUAGAUUAUUAUCAGGGUAAAAAAUUUGUAGUUGGAAACAGCCAAUUUGAAUUCGAAGCUCCUGUUGAUGAAUCAGAUAAUGGAAAUUUUUCAUUCAUGACUAAAGAGUUCUCCUAUAGUGCAAAUGAAACUCUACAACUUAACUUAUCCAUAAGAACAGAUAAGGUCAAGAUUGACAGCAAACUGAUGGUGACUCUGUACAACUGCUCUUAUGGACGAAGCGACUGCAGCUUGUGCCUUGCUGCCCAUCACGACUAUAAGUGUGUCUGGUGUGAAGAAGAGGGCAAGCCCAGCAAGUGCGUUUAUGAAAAACUCUGUCAUGCUCCUCCCACCAACACAUGUCCUCCUCCAGAAAUCACUCGCAUUGAGCCAAAAACUGGACCACUAAGUGGUGGAAUUCUUUUGACCAUAAUGGGAUCUAAUUUGGGAAUAAAAGCAGAAGAUGUAAAAAGUAUAACGGUGGCAAACAAGGAAUGUCUUUUCAAAGAGGAGUUCUACUCUGUUUCCACAAGGAUUGUGUGUCAAGUUGGACCAAUGAAUGAACCACAACAAGGUCAAAUUGAAGUUAACAUCAGUGGAAAAUUAGGUAAAUCACCAAGUGAAGUUCUGUUUACAUACCAGGAACCUCAUCCUUCUCAAAUAAGACCUGAAAGUGGUCCACAAGCGGGUGGAACCACACUUACCAUCUCUGGUAUAAACCUCGCCACUGGUUCCAAGAAGGAUGUUCAAGUUUCAGUCGGUAGCCAGCCUUGCAAUGUCACCAAAUUUGGAGACGAGAUCGUUUGCAUUACAGGACCUAAUAACAAGGUUGAAACUGUUCCAGUCACAAUGAACUAUGGGGGCAUGACAAUUAUUGUACCACAGCUGUUUACAUACAGUGGGAAUCCUACUGUCACCAAAUUCCUACCAGUAAAUAGCUUCAGCAGUGGAGGGAGAAAUAUUACAGUAACUGGAACCAGUUUUGAGCUCAUACAGAGUUUCUCAUUGGUGGUAUAUGCAGAACGUCCAGAAGCAGGGAAGAUAAAUCAAAAAAAGUUUUAUGGAAAUCUUGUUACAAGACUCAAUGAAACCACGGUGGUUUUUUCUUCCCCACCAAUACUGGAAGACCCAGAAAACUACAACAUUACCACUGUUAUUCUGAUGGAUCGUUAUGAGUUGGUUGUAAAAAAUGAGAGCCAUUCCUUUGCCUAUGUUGCAGACCCAACCUUUGAAAACUUUACAGAUGGCAUCAAAAAACAAGUUAACAAACUUAUUAAUGCAAAGGGCAGUAACCUGAACAAAGCCAUGACAAUAGACGAGGCCCAGGCUUUUGUGGGUGAUGAGCCUUGCAACAUAAAAACUCUUACUGAAACGGACUUAUACUGUGAGCCACCAGAAGUACAGCCUCAACCAAAGAAACGGCAGAAGAGAGAUACCAUCAAUAACCUUCCUGAAUUCAUUGUGAAAUUUGGACUCCGGGAAUGGAUCCUUGGAAGGGUGGAAUAUGAUACACGUGUGACUGAUAUCCCACUGAAUCUUAUUUUGCCACUGGUACUUAUUCCUAUGAUAGCAAUAAUUGGUAUUUCUAUCAUCUGUUACAGACGCAAGAGCCAACAAGCAGAACGAGAGUAUGAAAAAAUUAAAUCACAGCUUGAAGGCCUGGAGGAGAGUGUCAGAGACCGGUGCAAGAAGGAAUUCACAGAUCUAAUGAUAGAGAUGGAGGAUCAGACAAAUGAUAUCAAUGAAGCUGGAAUUCCAGUACUGGACUACAAAACCUACACAGACAGAGUCUUCUUCUUGCCCUCCAAAGAUGGAGAGAAAGAUGUGAUGAUUACGGGGAAGCUGGAUAUUCCUGAGGCUAGGCGCCAGACUGUGGAGCAGGCUUUGUACCAGUUUUCUAAUCUCCUCAACAGCAAAUCAUUUCUCAUUAAUUUUAUUCACACGCUGGAAAACCAAAGGGAGUUCUCUGCUCGAGCUAAAGUGUAUUUUGCAUCUUUACUGACAGUCGCUUUACAUGGAAAGCUAGAAUACUAUACUGACAUCAUGAGGACGCUGUUCUUAGAACUUAUGGAGCAGUAUGUUGUGGCCAAAAACCCAAAGCUGAUGCUAAGAAGGUCUGAAACGGUUGUUGAGAGAAUGUUGUCUAACUGGAUGUCUAUUUGUUUAUAUCAGUACCUCAAGGACAAUGCUGGGGAGCCUCUUUAUAGGUUGUUCAAGGCUAUCAAACACCAGGUAGAAAAAGGCCCAGUGGAUGCUGUACUAAAGAAAGCCAAGUAUACACUGAAUGACACAGGCUUACUGGGAGAUGAUGUAGAGUAUACACAAUUGACAGUUAAUGUAUAUGUGCAAGAUGGUGGGAACGAAUCCAUACCUGUGAAAGUGCUGAACUGUGACACUAUAUCACAAGUAAAGGAAAAGAUAAUAGACCAAGUCUAUCGAAAUCUGCCAUGUUCUCAGUGGCCAAAAGCUGAGAGUGUAGUUCUUGAGUGGCGUCCAGGUUCUACUGCACAGAUCCUCUCAGACUUGGAUUUAACAUCCCAAAGAGAUGGCAGAUGGAAACGUAUCAACACAUUAAUGCAUUAUAACGUCCGAGAUGGUGCCACACUCAUCUUAUCGAAAAUGGGAAUUUCCCAGCAGCCAGAGGAUAAUCAACAAGAUGUCCCAGGGGAAAGGCAUGCACUCCUGGAAGAUGAAAAUAAGGUCUGGCAUCUAGUCCGGCCAGUAGAUGAAAUGGAUGAAGGUAAAUCAAAGCGGGGCAGUGUGAAAGAAAAAGAGAGGACCAAAGCUAUUACAGAAAUCUACCUGACAAGACUUCUUUCUGUGAAGGGGACACUUCAGCAGUUUGUAGAUGACUUCUUUCAUAGUGUGCUCAACUCGAACCAUGUGGUCCCACCAGCUGUGAAGUACUUUUUUGACUUUCUUGAUGAGCAAGCAGAAAAACAUGACAUCAAGGAUGAAGAUACCAUUCAUAUCUGGAAAACAAACAGCCUGCCUCUUAGAUUCUGGGUAAACAUACUGAAAAAUCCCCACUUCAUCUUUGAUGUACAUGUUCACGAAGUAGUGGAUGCUUCCUUGUCAGUCAUUGCACAGACUUUCAUGGAUGCUUGCACAAGAACAGAGCACAAAUUAAGCAGAGAUUCUCCAAGUAAUAAAUUACUUUACGCAAAAGAAAUCUCUAACUAUAAGAAAAUGGUGGAAGAUUACUACAAAGGUAUUCGUCAGAUGGUGCCAGUGAGUGACCAAGACAUGAAUACCCAUCUAGCAGAGAUUUCUAGGGCACAUACCGAUUCCUUAAACACACUUGUGGCUCUGCACCAACUCUACCAGUACACUAACAAAUACUAUGAUGAGAUUAUAAAUGCACUUGAAGAGGAUCCAGCUGCACAAAAAAUGCAGCUUGCCUUCCGUUUACAGCAAAUAGCAGCUGCGUUAGAGAAUAAAGUGACUGACCUUUGACUCAAAAGCCGCAAUAAAGAAAUCUGAUCUGAAGAUGUUCAAAUUCAUUCUUCCUGUUAAGGAAAUAGUGUUCUAUUUUUUAAUGUAUAAUUACAACUUUAAAUGAAAAAUUUCCUGGUUUUUUGAUAGCAGAGGUGUAAUGUAAAGAAUUUUUACUGUAAAUUAUGCUUCUAAUUAAAAGCUGUGUUGUGUGUAAAUGAAUCUUCUGUGGGAAAGAGAGUCCUUUGGCUGGGGGCAGGGUGGGGGGUGGAAGAAGGAAAACCUAUAGUUCAUUUGAUUUAGUAGAAUCUGAGACAUCAGCAUUUAGGAUUCAUUAUGCAAGUAAAUUCAAUACUAUAGCAUCCUUUCUACCUUAAGCAAUAUUUGUACUAGGAAAACAAUAAUAUACUCAGAGACACAUGCAAUAUCCCCUUUUAUUUUGAUAACUGGAAACUGACUUCCAUAGAACUCUAAAACUUAGGCUGUGCGCAUAACAAACAUCAUGAACAACUUGUCUGAUUUCUCUGCAAGAUCUAAAAAUGGGAUUUGCUACCACACGGUUCUAAAUUUAAUUAUUUAUGUCCAUGGUGAUGCACAGUAUUGCACCCACCACAGUUGGUUGUGACAGAAAUAAGAGUAACGUCAGUGUAGGAGGGUUCUACUGAUGAAGUCUCAUUUGAUUCAGAAAUCACUGCAAAGAAGGAAUUAGUCCUUAAAACUUAAAAACUCUUUGUUAUUAUUGUGAGUUUUAUGAUAUAUGCUAAUGUGCCUUACUUGUACUAAUUCUGUGAAACUGAUGAAUGGUUUUGUAAAAAGAAGCAGAUCAGAAAAAGAAGUAUUUAUGUGCUAUUGAAUGACUUUUGUGUGAAAAACAUGACCAGCAGAAUGCUUGUAAUUAGCUGCUUGCCGAGAGUGUGCUGUUUAACAUGAUUUGAUUAUGUAUAAUAUCCUAUUUUAGAAUGGUUCUGACGAUUUUUUAUUUGAAUCCUGGAACUGUCCUAGAAAUACCAUCACUUGUUUUUAUUGUAUCUGUGAUGUAAAAUACUAGUAUGAUAUUGGAAAAAUCAUAUACCCAUCUAUUGAAAACCACUCGGUCAGUUUCGAGCCUUGGAAUGCUGCAUUUGAUUGAAUACACACUAUAACCCACAGCCAAGAAAAUUGAAAUAACUUGUCAGAAAGUGUGUGUUUACAAUAUAGGUAAGCUUCGUACAAAUCAAAAAGUUAGGUACGUCUUCUUAAAUUGCUGUAUUGCACAUCAGAGAACUUUAUUUCUCUUGGUCUCGCAAGUUUUUGGCAGUAAAGUAGCAUUUUAAUGAAGUGCUGCCAUCUGUACUCCUUCGUUCAUUGUCCUGCCAAGCACCCAGACUCUGCUAACUCUCAGCAAGCUAAUGCAGUGUCUGCUGCCCGCUCUCCCUGCCUGGUAGGUUGUCACACACUGACUUUUACUGUCUGUUGAUAUUUUAUUUUUUUUUCUCCCAUUUUGAAAAUUUCCUAAUAUUUGUCAGUGGGCCUUGCCUUCAGUUUCUGAAAAUCAAAAGCCUCACCAGAACUGGUUUCCUGCCCAGAAGGCUGGAAGCAUUUGUUCGUUUGUUUUGUACUCGACUUCUUGCAUCUGUCUAUAAUCAUUCCUGAACCUGCCUGGGCUGUAAGUUAUUUUACACUGUUUAGGACUGAGGUACAUGGUUUCUACAGAAAGAUGCUUUGCCAGCUACUCUUUCAUCAACAAAAGCAUCCUAAUUUCAUGGCUAAUCUGUUUCUUUGUCAUUAUUUGUAAAUCCUGUUAAUUGUAAAUCAAAUACAAUGUUGUUUUUUCCA